AUGUAACUUAAAAUAUCUGUAAACUUCGUUGAGCUUUAUUUAAAUUAAACUCCUUGUGGAAUUGGACCUCUAGCUGCAUUACUAUUUGGAGUUAAAAUGUUUUAAGAGAAAAUAUUAUAUGUGCCAAGUAUUAAAUCUGAAUAAAUCUUUAAGAUAUUGAUGGAUAACAAACAUCUAAAUAAAAUCCACCAAAUUAUCGUUCUCCAGCUUCAAGGUAUUAAGUUAAAUAAUUAGAAACUUAAAAUAUUAACCAAUAUCUAUAAAACAUGAUAGUAUUGAAUUAAAAGGAUGGUUUAUCCAAUAGGAAUAAUCAACACAAGUCCCUACUUUGAUAUUUUUCCAUGAAAAUGCAGGAAGUAUACUUAUUAAUAUAAUAUUAGAUCUUGGAUAUCGUUUAGAUUAUUUUGAGAAAUAUUAUUAUAAUUUGAAAUGUAAUGUAGUUGCUGUUGCAUAUCGAGGAUAUGAUGAAAGUACAGGAAGUCCAAAUUAAAUUGGUAUUUAAAAGGAUGCAAUAGCAAUUGUUCGAUAUGUUUUUAGUAGUUUGGAAAUAGAUAAAAAUAAUGUAUUUAUACAUGGAAGAAGUCUUGGUGGAGCAGUAGCAAUUUAUGCUGCAAAUUAUUUUUAAGAUUCAAAAAAAGAGAAGAUAAAAGCAGUAAUAUUAGAAAAUACAUUUACUUCAAUUAAUGAUGUGGUUAAUGAUUUAGUACCCAAUUUACGUGUUUCGAAUUUAUUAUUUUCAAGAAAUUAAUGGAGAAGUUGUGAUACAAUUAAAAACAUAAAAUUACCUAUUCUAUUUAUUUCAUGUAUUAAAUAUACUUAUGAUAAGCUGGGUAGGAUGAAUUAGUAUCAUAUAAUCAUAUGAAAACAUUAAUUUAGAAAUCUGAAAAUUGUUAGAUUAAACAUGAAUAUCAUAUAGCUGAAGGUGAUCAUAAUGGUAAUUGGAUGAAAGAUGAGGGAGCAUAUUUUUAAAAUAUUUAAAAAUUCUUUCAAAGCAUAACUAAUUGA